AUGUCGGAGCCACGAUCAGACUCGGUCGACUCGGGUGCGGAUGCAGGCUCGGGGCGCGGCAGUCGUAAUAGCGAUGAAAACGAUCUGAACCCGCCGUUUUUCAAUACGACAUAUUCUACACACCGCGUUUCGCCACUCUACGUGGGCGAGCACGCGCUCGAUCAACCAAGGCUGAACGUGCUUGCGCACCGUUUACGAGAUACCCUCGUGGGAGAUGUCGUACGAGGUAUUCAAAUCAACUUGGAGUCAGUCGAGACGGGAGCCGGGCAAGUUGGUGCACUUCAAUACGUACGCAUAACAUGGUUCGACGUACAAACGCUGUUGGCUGGGCCGCAGGCCGAAGAGACAAUGGCAUUUGGCAACCAGACACGCGGCCUUUGGAUUCAAAUACGACACGAAAACGCUCAGUAUAUCGCCAUAUUGAUCCCCGGGUAUUCUGACAGAGCAGAUGUGGCGAACCGACCCGACCCAAGUUGGACAAUGCAAGGCGUCGAGCCACCCGCUAACGACGCGACGCAAGAGGAGCGAUUCAUCCACUUACCACUGCUCCUACUGCGCAUGCCAAUGGCGCUGAAGGGUGUAGUUGGGGAUUGGCUCUCUAGCACGUUCGAUUGUCGCGUCAGCAAACUGUCUCUCGGCACCAAGACGCUUGUGUCUGCAUGGCAAGGAUGGAUCGAUAGCUAUGGAAUAUCGACUAAAGGCGCCGACUUUGUGAUGACAUUUGCAUUCAACGCACCACUUUCAACUAAAUUAGGUGAAAAAGAAUCAGAUUCGGACUCGGACUCGGACUCGGAUUCGGAUUUAAGCAGUGACGAACAAAACUUGGAACCUGGCCUGCGUAGUAUGAGUGUAGCCGUGGCACCACAAGACCUGGUUCGCUUUCUCCGAGCUGGCGAAAUCCUCGGUGCAGAUAAGUUUACAUCUUCGGCGCUAUGGGAGACAAAUGAGAGAGAGCGGCAUCGUCUCGCCGGCGGCAACGUUGAUGACGGUUGGGCCUGGCGCAUGAACGAUACGGGGGAUCAUCCUUUCACCGAGGCUGUUGGCCGCUACGUACGACAUCACCUGGGGCUAAACUUAUUCCAUCCAAGUGUACGGGUUAUCCAGAUAUCAUGUGGCGGCUUUUCGCUGUCGCAGUCUCGGAUUAAGAUCAUUCGCAAAAAGGACGAUGAAGGCGUGCCAGCUGCCGCUUGGAAUUUUGUAACACAGCUUGGUGAUAGAAUACGCGGAGAAGCAUUACCGAACGCAAUUUCCGCAGCUACGACUUGA